AUGUUUGGCUCUUACAAAGACAAUCUUACUUCGCCCACAGCAGGCAGAAACUCGGACAGCUCAGAAGCUGAGCCAUUUAUUCUUCCAGGCUAUAUUGCACCAAAACAAAGAAAGGAGUGGCAAUCCUAUUUUACAGCCUUGCAUAGGAUCACUACUGUAGUCCUAGCAUUUAUUUGCAUCGGUCUGCUCAUCCACGAGCAUGGCACAGAUAUGGGUUCAUUUGAACGAGGGUUUAAAACCGAACUGAGUCAUAUGUUCCCAGCGCUUGAGCUCGAAGUGAAAACGUUCCACUUCCUGAUGAGCGGCGAGGAAGAUACGCACCGGGAAUUCGUUGGGACGCGGACACCCGAGAUUGACCAAGCAUGGAACAGACUUCUACAUUCUGCGAAUUUGGAUUUCACUGACGAUGAGGCGGGCGCGGAGCUGAGAAAUACGACUUGGAAGUGGGAAGAUACAGGAUACUGGUUCUCUGGGGUCUCAAUGUGGCAUCAGUUGCAUUGUCUUAACUUCUUGCGUGAAGCUGUGCACUGGGACACGUAUGAUGGGCCUCCUGAUCCACCGAUUCAAUAUCAUCUUGAUCAUUGUGUGAACUAUCUCCGUCAAGUCGUGAUGUGUUAUGCGGAUUUAACACCCAUGAGAUACGGCUGGGACGAAGGAGCAGGCAAGCUCGUGCUUCAGGAUGAACCACACACUUGUCGCAACUAUGAAAAGAUUGAUGAAUUAGCAAGACCGUUGGCUAGCUGUCACACUCUUGAUUUCUCAGGCGGGCCGGACCAGACAACAUCCCCUCGGGGAACAUGCGUCCGGGGGCCUUAUUUCAACGAUGGCUAAAGUGGAGAACCGAGAAGAAUUCGCGACCAAAUACUGAUGAAGAGACAAUUUUGGGGUUGUGGACUCAAGUUUAGAUCUUAGGUAGCAACAUAGCGUCCAUAGCUUUGAAUUAAAUACUUCCAAC